AUGUCCACAGAAACGGCAGACCAGGCACCCGCCGUCUCCGACCUCCCCUCCGGCGACCCCAUCCCCGCCGCGCCCGCACCGCCCACUGCCGCCGCAUCGCGGUCGACCGCAGCAGCAGCAGCAGCCCCGAAAGGCAAGAAGCCGACGCUCGGCCAGCUCCUCGCCGCGACACCCUCCAACGUCGACGCCUUCGUCGCCCACCUGAACCGCUGCUUCGCUACCCCGUCGGGCAUCGAUGCAGUCCUCUGUUUCAUCUGCUACACCUCGCGCUUCACCGCCUCCGUCAUCGACGCCCUCAGCGCUUCCGCCCUCCGCCACUCGGCCCGCAAGCUCGUCGCCCUCGCCUUUUCCCUGCCGCCCGACACGACGAUACUCCUCUCCAAGGCCCCGGCGCCUUCUGCUGCGGUCGCCAGCCGCGGCAUCCGCGUCGCGGGACACCUCCGCGCGCUGGCGUCGCUGCUCAGCGAGGCGCGCACGAUUACAAGGCUGUGGGCGCUGCUGCCGCUGUACCUCUGGCUCCGCCGGCUCAUGACGACGCCGAGCAUCACCGAGGAGGAGAAGAAGCAGAACACAAAGGACGCGUCCGAGGCGGCGCUGGACAGGGCUCUCUCGUGGCUGCAGGUCGUCGUGUGCCUCCUGCUGCAGUCUCUCGAGAGCUCGUCGUAUCUGGCGUCCAAGGGGGUGCUGCCGAUGACGCCCAAGCAGCAGGGGACGGCGGCGCGGUGGAGCGUGCGGUUCUGGUCCGUGUUUGUGGGGAGCGAGCUCGGGCGGCUGGCGGUGGAGAAGUUGCGGCGGCAGGGCAAGAUCCGGCGCGGGGAGCAGGACGUGACGAGCAGCGAGUACCGGGCGUGGGCGGACGUGUGGGCGCGGACGCUGGCGAGGCAGGCUUCGUGGUUCCCGCUCACGUUACACUGGAGCAUGGAUAAGGGGUUCGUGCCGGAGAUGGGGAUCGGGUUGCUGGGGAGCAUCCCUGGUAUCGUGCAGAUGCGGCAGUUGUGGAAGGAGACUGCUUGA